CGCUGUUAGAGGAGGGGCCACUUCAGCAGGCGGGGUCUCAGUUCGUCUCUACAUUCAGCCCUCUCUGUGAAGAUACUCGGUGAGGUUAGACAUCCAGGUAAUUUUCUGACAACUCUCCAGUGUCACCGACGAAAGGUAGUGGAUGGUACGCGAAACCAUCUGGCCGAUUAGAAAACCAUAUCCAGUUGUUUGAGUAACUUUUUGGGCAUUUCCCUGAAGAAACUGCGACUGUGUGGAUAUGAGUUCUGGGCUGCUUGUUGCGGCGGCCUGCCUGAGCUUUCUGGUCGGGGUUCUGGGGAGGGGCGGCGACAUCCCGAGGGGCGACAUCGCGGACGGCGAGCGGUACGGCAAGCUGCCGCCGCCUGAGUACUACAUUCGCGGCGAGCAGCGUGCAAUCACAACCGCCGAGCCUUCCACAACUCCUGCCGACCAGCAACUAACGCGUCCAACUACCCCGGACGGUUCCAACUCCACGGGCACACCCGUCACACCAAAGGGCACUAGUUCUAGUCCCGACGCGCCGCAAAGCACGAGUUCUAAUCCCGACGCGCCACAAGGCACGAGUUCUAGUCCCGAGUUUUCCACAGACGCUCCAAUGUCCAAAGAUGUAACUGAGAACCAGAACAGCGCGGAUGCGGCAGGCCUGACGAGUAAAGAGUCUGAAGAAGAACUUUUAUCCGUUGGUAGUGGCAAAGUUUCUGCCAGUUCGUCUCUUGGGAAAGACGCGGAGACGUAUGAGAUGUCCAACUUUGCCGAGCCCGACUCUGCAGCGCAAUACUCUGCAGACAAAGACUCUGCAGCCAAAGCCGCGCCUGAUGAGGCGGUCUCGUGGGACCCCGAAUCGGAGGGUACAACUGACGAUCUGUCUGCCGGCUUCGCGGAUUUCCCGGCCAGAGACGACCCGGAGCCGUUAAGACCCAACAAGACGGACGGAGGUUUGGACACAGCGACAGACUUCCUCAAGUGGAUUAAAGGUGGUGUGAAGGAGGGACAGAAAUCGCAACACGACAAGGCGGUCGCACACGGGGAGGGAACCCUGGGCGUCAAGGCAAGUAAGUACGGCGGACCGGCCGUCUUCCGGGGGGACACAAACCUGCCGAAAUCCGGCAGCUCUGAGAGGCAGAACAUCUCUGCGGAGACGGCAGAAGAUGAGAAACCGCUGACGAACAUGUUCAACACGUACAACACCUUCAACCUGAAGCUUCCCGCUGACGGGGACGGGCAGCAGUUUGUCAACGACUUCAGCGAGCAUUUCUCGCACUUCCGGCCGGCCCUGGAAGGGAUCGCAGCCAACCACACCGAAAACCUGGCCAGGCUCGUGGAGCGCAUCGAAACGCUGGAGUCCCACUCGUGGGAGCUUGAGCUUGAGCUGGGAGACGUCCGGGCGGAAAACAUGCAGCUGAAACAGCAGCUGGAGGAACUCGCACUGGAGUGUCAAAACACGAACGCCAGACUGGAAGAAAAGACCUGCCAGACCGGAAACGACACCUUGCGGCUUAAGGAAGAACUGGAGCAAGUGAAGCUUCGAUGGGCGGAGAACGUGACCCGGAUGGAGGAAGAGUGCUUCCGGGUCACGCACAACGUCAGUGACGUCAUGUUCGAUAUGGAGAACAGAAUCAGGGAGGAGACAAACAAAAACAUGAGUGAGGUCCAGGACAACAUCGCCUGGGGCUGUCUGGCGGUGCAGGGGGAGUGCAGGUCCCGGAUGGACAACCUGACCCUGGAGGUCAGAAAGGUCACGGAUAGUAAUCACGUGGUCCGCAAUGACGUGCCCCUGCAGCUGACGCAGGCCGACGCCUCCACCGUCUACUUCCCCGCCUUCACGCCCGCCAACGCCCGAGACUGUUCCGAGCUGUACCGAAAGGGGGUGUGGCAGAGCGGAGUUUACCGAAUACAGCCGGACAUUGCCGACGGCGGGCCGGUCAUAGAAGCGUUCUGCGACAUGGACACCGAGAGUGGAGGCUGGACGGUGAUCCAGCGACGCCCGGACUGGAUGGGUCCACUGCGCUUCUUCCACAAGAACUGGACUGAGUAUAGCCGCGGAUUCGGCGACGUGCGCGGGGAGCACUGGCUCGGGAACGAGGCUCUGCAUCACCUGACCAGCGGCAGGGACAACGUCCUUAGAAUAGACAUGCGCAGUGCGUCCACUAGGUGGCACGCCUCCUACUCCAGUUUCAGUGUAGACCAGGAGGACAAGGACUACCGCCUGUCACUCAGCGGUUUCCAUGGCAACGCAGGCGAUGCCAUGACGCAGGACGCCAAGGUCGAUCACGUGCCCUUCACCACGGCUGACCGGGAUAACGACGCAUGCGCGGACUGUAACUGUGCGGCAGACUUCAAAGGGGGCUGGUGGUACCGGGAGCCGGAGUGCGAGGUCGGACUGAACGGCGAACAUGGCGGCGUGAACUACGGGUGGACAUCUCGCGAGAUCUUCCUGUACCCGGAGUUCGUGGAGAUGAAGACGAGGCCGCGAGACUUCGACAAGCUGGUGGCGCUGUCCGGACUCAUGGCGAAGGACAACCACUUCGUGGAGGAGGACAGUUUGGAGACGAAAGAAGAAACGAAGCAUGUAGAGUUACCGUGAUAUUGUAAUUGUUUGGCUUUUAACAAACAUUGAAACUCAGUUAUGAUGUAAGAAAUAAACUUAGUUCUAAACGCUUGAAUAUGUAAUUAUAUGUAAACUACGACGGUUCAGUUGCUGUAAAAAUGACCCACCAGGAUGUAAACUGCCGCACGGCUCUGUGCAAAUUUACAAGCAGAUCGUCACCAAACCAUGUAAAGUGCAACAGAUUUUUACCAGUAGACAAAUAAACAUUCAUCAGAA